UUAGCAGAGGGAAAACAUUUCUCGAGUUAUGUGUACUGAUGCUAUCUUUAUUUUGUGUUCAGUGUACCGGGAAAGAUAUCCAACGGGCUAGGUUCAUGAUUGAAUAUUCUGCUGGCGUCUCUACCUAAUGACGAGGUGAGGAGAGGAGAAGUUGAGAAGCAAGUGAUUUGAGGAGGACCGAGAAUAAGAUCAAGUCGAAAUAUCCAAAUUCUUGAAAUAUAAAAUUUCGUAUGAAAUAUAAAUAAAUAUCGUUAAGAGAAUAUAUCUCUAUGUCCCCCCCUUUUUCGUUUUUUCUCCCAUGCUUUUGUUGGUCAACAACCAACCACAACUUUCUAUAGUUCUUCACUACUCCUAGAGGCUUGACGGAGUGAAGCUAUCUGGAGGGAAUCAUUUUGUUGAAAUCAAUUAAUCUAAUCAUGCGACGAAUCUUUUUAUUUGAUGAAAAUAGUCUUAAUUCAAGUUCUAGUGGUACAUCUUCUAGAACUGCGGGUCAAUUCACUAACUUUUCGAGUGGUCAAGCGUCCGGUACUCAGGAUGCUUUUGCUGGUAUUUUUGAAGAUCAUCCGGGUCUUAAUCCUAACGCUGAGCGUGUAGUAGAGCUGCAAUGUGUGAUACGCGAGAAGUUUGAGGCAUUGACGCAAGAUCCUGAAAAGGCCUUGAUUAUGGCCGAGUCUUCCCACGGAGAAAGCGACAAUAUCCCUUUUAUGGAGUCCAUUGUAAAUGAUUUGACCCAAAACGGAGUAUCUGGGGAAGCCUUUCAAAAAGCUCUGAAUCUAGUGGGACAGUCGGCGGCCUCCCCACUUGACCAAUUUGAGAUUGUCCCAUUGGUUCCUAUGAAUAUCGGAAACUUCUAUUUCUCAUUCACAAAUCCAUCUUUGUUCAUGCUGCUAACUCUGAGUUUAUUCCUACUUCUGAUUCAUUUUGUUACUAAAAUGGGAGGAGGAAACUUAGUCCCAAAUGCUUGGCAAUCCUUGGUAGAGCUUCUUUAUGAUUUCGUGCUGAACCUGAUAAAGGAGCAAAUAGGUGGUCUUUCCGGGAAUAUCAAAACAAAUGUUUUUCCCUUGCAUCUUGGUCACUUUUCUUUUUUUGUUAUUUUGUAAUCUUCAGGGUAUGAUACCUUAUAGCUUCACAGUGACAAGUCAU